GGUCUCGGUGACUUCUCUCUCCCCGCUAUGGAGACCCCCGCAUCCAAGGAGCAGCAGCAGCCCGCGGGAGCCAAGAGCAGGAAUCUGCCCUGGGUUGAAAAGUACCGGCCACAGACGCUCAGUGACCUCAUUUCUCAUCAGGACAUUUUGAGUACCAUCCAGAAGUUUAUCAGUGAGGACAGACUGCCGCACCUGCUGCUCUACGGUCCUCCCGGGACAGGAAAGACGUCCACUAUCCUCGCCUGUGCCAAGCAGCUCUACAAAGAUAAAGAGUUCGGCUCCAUGGUCUUGGAGCUCAAUGCUUCUGAUGACCGAGGAAUAGACAUCGUUCGGGGACCAAUCCUGAGCUUUGCCAGCACAAGGACAAUAUUUAAGAAAGGCUUUAAACUUGUGAUCUUGGACGAAGCCGAUGCCAUGACCCAGGAUGCCCAGAAUGCCCUGAGGAGAGUGAUUGAGAAGUUUACAGAAAACACCAGAUUCUGCCUCAUCUGUAACUACCUGUCGAAGAUCAUCCCCGCCCUGCAGUCAAGGUGUACACGCUUCCGGUUCGGCCCCCUGACUCCUGAGCUGAUGGUCCCCCGCCUGGAGCACGUCAUAGGAGAAGAGAACGUUGACGUGAGUGAGGACGGCAUGAAAGCCCUCAUCACCCUUUCUAGUGGAGACAUGAGAAGGGCUCUGAACAUCCUGCAGAGCACCAAUAUGGCCUUCGGGAAGGUGACAGAGGAGACCGUGUACACCUGCACGGGGCACCCGCUCAAGUCGGACAUCGCCAACAUCCUGGACUGGAUGCUGAACCAGGACUUCACCACGGCCUACAGAAACAUAACAGAGUUGAAAACGCUGAAGGGGUUGGCGUUGCAUGACAUCCUGACCGAGAUCCACUUGUUCGUGCACCGAGUGGAUUUUCCAUCCUCAAUUCGAGUGCAGCUGUUGACCAAAAUGGCCGACAUCGAGUACAGACUUUCUGUUGGCACCAAUGAGAAGAUUCAGCUGAGCUCCCUCAUCGCCGCCUUUCAAGUCACCAGGGACCUGAUUGUUGCACAGGCCUAGGCUC